AUGGAGUCAGUUCACGCAAGACCAGAGGAUGUUCCUCUUCAGGACACUUUUGAAACUAAAGAAAAGCUUCUCAAAUACAUCAGAGAUGGGGUUAUAGGUAAGGAUGUCCAAAUUAGGACACCUUACGGAAUGAAACCUCUACAUUAUUGUGAUUAUACAGCUUCUGGAAGGUCCCUCUCCUUCAUUGAGGACUAUAUUCGGGACCAGAUUCUUCCUAUUUAUGCUAACACACAUACUUUGAAUAGUAGGACUGCCAAACAGACUAUUUACUCUAGAGAAGAAGCAAGGGAUAUUAUUAAAAGGUGUGUAAAUGGAAAUGAAAGAGACGCUGUCAUUUUCAAUGGGACUGGCUCCACAGGAGCAGUCAAUCACCUUGUUAAGAGCCUUGAUAUUAGGUACAAAAAGGAUGGCGUAGAGCAUCAUACUGAAGGAUGUGCUGAUAACUUUUGACAAGUCAACAGGUGGAAAACUCUGGACUGCACUCUUUGAAAUAUGUCCUUUUCAAAUCAAGGCUUCUAUGAGGAUCAUGAGAAAAGUGAAAUCCAUCAAAAGAGUUACGCAAAGUAUAAAGAGACUCAUCAAAUUAAAUUCACAGAGCCUCCUGUUGUCUUCGUUUCAGUAAUGGAGCAUAACUCCAACUAUCUUCCUUGGUAUGAGAAGGAUAAGGAUAUCAUCAUUGAGUUUGUCAACCUAGAUUUGGAAACAGGGGAGAUUAACUAUAAAGAACUAGAGGGCAUAAUUAGUAAAUAUCAAUCGUACAAUGGUCUCAAAAUUGGAACUUUCUCUGCAGGAUCAAACAUCACUGGAAUUCUCAAUGAUGUUGAUUAUAUAUCAUACCUGAUGCACAAAGCAGGAGGGCUCUGCUUUAUUGAUUAUGCUGCUGCAGCUCCUUAUGUUGACAUUAAUGUAAAUGGAAAAACAGAUAGGUUUAGUCGGGUUUCUCAAGAAGAGGCUCAUUUCUGAUACAAAGAUGCCAUAUUUAUCUCCCCUCAUAAAUUUGUAGGUGGUCCUGACACCCCAGGAAUUCUUGUCUGUAAGAAGAAGCUUCUUUGUAAUAACAAGCCCAUUCAGGUUGGAGGAGGAAUAGUAUUUUUCGUUGAUAAAGAAUCUCAUAUGUACAUCAGAGGUGUAGAAGAAAGAGAAGAAGCAGGAACUCCCUCAAUCAUUGGAGUUAUCAGGGCUGGUCUCUCUUUUCAACUAAAAGAGCAAUUGACUCCUGAAUUCAUCGAACAUAAAGAACACGAAAUCGUCCAGUAUGUUAAUCAAAGAUUUUCUCAGAUGAAAAAUAUUGUCUUACUUGGAAACAAUGAGCUUGAUAAAGUGCCCAUAUAUUCCUUUAUGGUGAGACAUCAAGGGAAAUUCUUACAUUUCCAUUUCGUUGGGAAACUUCUAAAUGAUCUUUUUGGAAUCCAAACCAGGACAGGCUGCUCCUGUGCAGCAGUUUAUGGGCAACAGCUCCUUGGAAUUGAUCUCCCACUCGCAAGGAAAUAUAAAGAUGCCUUAUGCCAUGGCCACGAAAUGCUAAGAAUGGGAUAUGUAAGACUGAAUUUUGGAUAUUUUAUGAGCCAAGAAGACAUUGACUACAUCCUAGAUGCCAUUGAAUUUGUUGGAAAAUAUGGAUGGAUGUUUCUUCCAGAUUACACGUUUGAUAAGGAAUUUGCUGAAUUUUACGUACAUGCUGAUACAGAUCAUAAGGAAAGGAACUGGAUCGGAGAGAUAGACUACACUUCAGGAAUGAUUAAAUAUAAGAACUCUAACGCAUUUAUCAAUGAUGAAGCUCAGUUACCAUCUCAAGAGGAUGUAUUUAAGCAAGCCAAAGAGACUCUUAUCACCAGGAUUCUGAACUACAGACAUAUUUACGGAAAAUCUGCCAUUGAUCAGAGAAACAUUGUUGAUGAGGAAUACCAGCAUUUGGUCUUCUUUAUUUAUCCUUCUGAGGUACUCCAAGAUAUCGAAAAUAUUAUUGCCACUCAUAAAGACCUGAAAUUUGAAGAUCUGGAGGCAUAUAUUACAGAAGACAUAGAAUAUGCCAGCGAAAUCCCAUUUAAACCUCUUGAUUACACUAAGAAGGAACCUUCUCAGAAAGAAGAAAUAAAGGAGCAAUCAGCCCCUGAAAAGGAAGACAAAGAUGAAGAUGAUUGGCUAGAAGAAGACUGUCUUCCUGGAAUGGCUUUGAUGGAUGAAGAUGAGGUAGAGCAAAAAGAAGAAAUUCUUCCUAUUAUAGAACCUAGCAAAGAAAUAAUGAAACUUGUAGGUGAAGCCAUCAAAGAUUUCGAUAUGAUCAGAGAAGGAGAUGGUAUACUAGUUGCUCUGAGUGGAGGGAAAGAUUCUCUAUCAUUGUUAAAUAUCUUAAGAUAUUUACAAAAGAAAGCUCCUGUUAGAUUCAAGCUGGGAGCUGUCACCAUAGAUCCAAAGACAGUUGAAUAUGAUCCUUCUCCUUUGAAAGGAUACUUGAAGAAAUUAGGGGUUCCAUAUUUUUAUGAAGAAGAUAAUCUAAUUGAAAGAGCUGCUACAUCAAUGCAGAAUAACAGUAUCUGAGCCUUUUGAUCAAGAAUGAAAAGAGGAAUGAUAUAUACCUGAGCUAGAAGAGAAGGGUAUAAUGUCAUUGCAAUGGGACAACAUUUAGAUGAUUUAGCCGAGAGUUUUGUUAUGAGUGCCUUUAAUAAUGGAACUUUGAGAACAAUGAAAGCCCAUUAUACAAUUGACUCCAAAGAUCUUAGAGUUAUCAGGCCUCUUGUAUAUUGUAGAGAGAAGAUCUUCAAAUCAUUUUCUGAAAGUUGUAAAUUGCCAGUAAUUACAGAAAAUUGUCCUGCCUGAUUCUCUGAACCUAAAGAAAGACAUAGAGUAAAAUUAUUGUUAGCUCAGCAAGAACAUGAAAUUCCGACAAUUUUCUCAUCCUUGCUCAACUGUAUGAGACCUCUAAUGACAAUGAACCUCAAAGACCUAGUCAGACUCAAAGAUAAACUUUCAAAAGAAGAUAAAUCAAAAGAACCCGAGCCUAAUUUCUGCACAUAAAAAUUCCAUAUACA